UACUCCACUCUUCUUCAAUUCUAAGUGAAUACGGGACUCGAACAUCAUUGUUUUAAUGUCACGUCGCGAAAGACUUCUGACAAAAUGGAGCUAUCAAAUAAACUCCGCUGGGACCAAUUCCUGAUUUUGGCAACAGCCCUUAUGUCACCUGCAUUAAAGGUGCUGUGUAAUGAUAUCCUCAGCCUGAAGGUGGCAGGAGACCCAGUCCUAACCCCUAACUCUGUGUGCCUGAGGCUGGCGGGCCUCAGUAAGCGUCAGAUGCGGAUGUGUGUACGGAGUCCCGAUGUCACAGCCUCUGCGCUGCAGGGCAUCCAGGUGGCCAUACACGAAUGCCAACACCAUCUCCGGGACCAGCGCUGGAACUGCUCCUCACUGGAGGGUCAUGGCAAACUGCCCCACCACAACAUCAUCCUCAACAGGGGUUUUCGCGAGAGUGCCUUCUCCCUGGCCUUACUGGCAGCGGGUGUGGCUCACUCUGUGGCCACGGCCUGCAGCAUGGGCAAGCUGCGGGGUUGUGGCUGUGAGGCCAAGCGUCGCCAGGACGAUGACAAGAUCCGGCUGAAACUCACACAGCUGCAGCUGCAGACCCUGCAGAAGGGUGGGGUAGGCCUCAGCAUGACACGGUCAUUACCCACUGAGUUGAACAGUCACCAUGGCAACCUGCCCGCUAACCUGCGCUCCACCCACCCCUCUGCCCUGCUCAAGCCUUUACCAGAUGAGCUGAGCUCCAUGCAGGAGACCUGGGAGUGGGGGGGCUGUAGUCAUGACGUCCGCUUUGGGGAUCGUUUCUCCAGGGACUGGCUCGACUCCCGUGGUUCUCCAAGGGAUAUCCACGCUCGCAUGAGGAUACACAACAACCGGGUGGGACGACAGGUAGUGACUGACAACAUGAAGAAGAAGUGCAAAUGUCAUGGGACGUCAGGGAGCUGUCAGUUCAAGACCUGCUGGCAUGUGUCCCCAGAAUUUCGGCUUGUUGGUUCUUUACUUAAGGACAAGUUUCUGUCAGCCAUCUUUGUCAACUCUCAAAACAAGAACAAUGGGGUUUUUAACCCCCGAGCAGGAAAUGGUGCCAGUGGCAGCACAGGGGGACUUAACGGAGGCCGUCGUCGAAGCAUGUCCAGAGAACUGGUGUACUUUGAGAAGUCUCCAGAUUUCUGUGAGCGUGAUGCAUCCAUAGACUCUCCAGGAACACAUGGUCGCAUCUGCAACAAAACCAGCUACAGCACAGACAGCUGCAGCUCACUAUGCUGUGGCCGUGGACACAACAUCUUGAAACAGACGCGAAGCGAGCGCUGUAACUGCAGAUUCCACUGGUGCUGCUACGUGCUGUGUGAGGAGUGUCGUCUCACAGAAUGGGUCAAUGUGUGCAAGUAGAUUACACAUCUUCCCGUCCUAACUGCCUUUACCCAUCCAGGACUCAAGAUGGCGAACCUGUCCCUCCUUCGCCCACUCCUGUUGUUCCAGCAUUUGUUUUUCUCCUUGUGUAACUCUCCAAGUGACUCUGUUUAUCCCCUCUUUCCUUUUUUUUGCUCCAUCAUCUGGGAUCUAUUUUCUCUUUGUAGCCGCUGUUAUUCUCAAAAUGCCAAGUCAGAGAUUGAAGAGGUGACUCAUGUCAUUUGUCUUGCAAUGGUCUGUUUAGAAGCUGCCCUCUCAGGCAUGAAAGCGGCCUAAACCCAUCUUUUCUAUUGCACAGAGCAAAGAAGAGCAGAAGCAGAGAAACAUUUCUUUUUAAAUGUUUUUCUGCUAACUCAUCUCAUUUUGUACAGUACGUGUGUAUUUUAAUGUGUACAUGUAUAUUUGUAAAUCUGUUAUUAAUAUUAUUGUCGUGGAAGAUUUUGUCUUUUUUUCUAGUUUGGUCUGAGAGAAAGAGCUCUGUAGUCCCAUCACAAUUUAUCUUAGACCUUACUCUAAUGUUUUCCAAGAUAUUUACACCAUUUGUAUAUUUUGCAUCGUUUUUUUGGAAUCUGCCUCCAACAAGGAUUUUACUAAAUAUAGAAGACAUGAGUGAAGACUGUGUAUUUGUAGUUUUUGAAAUACUGAUUCAUUUAACUGAAAGCUUUUUCACAGAAGCAAUGCAAAGAACGCACAAGACAUUCACUGUAUAAGCUUAUCAUAGCUUGUAUACUUGAUAGGAAGUUAAACUAUCACUGUAGCAGUAGUAAUUAGAGCAGGAAAAACAUGACCGCUUGGUCAGUGAUGG